AUGCCCAAAGUCCUGGUAUCAGAUCCCAUCGGCCCCGAGGGUGUUUCCCUGUUGGAAACAGGGGCAGAAGUUGACGUGAAGACGGGCAUGAAGCCCGCAGAGUUGCUGGAAACCGUGGGCGGCUACCAUGCCCUGGUGGUUCGCAGCGAGACCAAGGUUAAUAGAGAGGUUAUCGCAGCAGGAAAGAACCUGCAGGUCAUCGCCCGCGCUGGCAUCGGCGUGGACAACAUCGAUCUCGACGCAGCCACCGGCGCUGGCAUUGCUGUGGUCAACGCACCCACGGGCAAUACUGUGGCGGCGGCUGAACACACGAUGGCGCUGAUGCUGGCCCUGGCCCGCAACGUUCCCGGCGCGCACCACUCGCUGCAGUCGGGCGAGUGGAAGCGCAGCGCCUUCAUGGGCGUGGAGGUGCGCGACAAGACCCUCGGCAUCUGCGGCCUUGGCCGGGUGGGGACCGAGGUAGCCCGGCGAGCACAGGCCUUCGGGAUGCGGCUCGUGGGCUACGACCCGUUCGUUGCGCCCGAAUAUGCCAGACGUAUUGGCGUGGACCUGUUGUCCCUGGAUGACCUGCUGGCCGAAUCGGACUUCGUUACCCUGCAUACGCCCUUGACCGAGGGCACGCGCGGCAUGCUGGGAAUGAGGCAAAUUGAAACAAUUAAACCCGGAGCCCGCGUCAUCAACGUGGCGCGUGGCGAGUUGGUGGACGAGGCUGCGCUGCUGGCCGGAUUAGAAUCGGGACGCCUGAGCGGAGUGGCGCUGGACGUAUUCAGCAAAGAGCCGCCGGAACGCGGGCCACUGGUGGAGCACCCGAGGGCCAUAGUUACGCCGCACCUGGGGGCCUCCACGCGGGAGGCACAGCGAGAGGUCGCCAUCGAAGCGGCGGAACAAGUACUGGCCGUGCUCAGAGGCGAGCCUGCCCGGAACACCGUGAACGCCCCCUUCGUCGCGCCCGAAGUGCACGAGGUGCUGGCCCCGUUUGUUCCGGCUGCUUCGGUUGUCGGCAAGCUAUUGGGCUUCCUCUCGGAGGGGCAGAUCACCGGCAUCACGGUCAGCUACGAAGGCGAGAUCGCGCAGCACGACUGCCGGAUGCUGCAAGCUGCGGUGCUGGCAGGCUUGUUGGCUCCGGUCAGCACGGUCAACGUCAACCUGAUCAACGCUCCGGUGCUGGCGCGAGAGCGGGGGUGGAGCGUGACCGAUCAGAGCAACCGGGUCUCGAGAGAAUAUGCCAGCCUCAUCUCGGCUACGCUGCAGACAGCCAACGGCAGCCUGUCACUAUCCGCGACUUCCAUGCGGGACGAGACUCACAUUGUGAAGUUCAACGACUACUGGAUGGACAUCGUUCCCAACACUCCCUACCUGCUCUUCGUAGACAACCGCGACCAACCCGGCUCCAUCGGCGCUGUUGGGACAAUCGCGGGACGGCACAACAUCAACAUCAGCUUUAUGGGGGUGGGUCGGAUACAGCUUCGUGGCCAAGCAAUGAUGGUCAUCGGCCUCGACGAUCCGGUGCCGUCCCACGUAAUGGACGAGAUCAGGGCCCUUUCCCACAUCGCAAACGCCAGGGUGGCCACCCUGGCCGGGUAA